GUAGAGGGCGUUAUCGUUAUAAUAUUUUGAGACGCCCGACGUCUUUCGGUGACCAAAAACCAGAGAAAAGCACUAAGAAAAAGGAUAAUCAUCAUGAUUGAUGCUACAGCUCUCUUGACAAGAGGGACAGCGUUUCUAGCUGGAGAGACCAUUGAAUGUGCAAUUACAUUCACGUGCCCUGAAGCAACCAGCUCCGGUCAACCAGAGUGUCUCGCAUGGGCCAGUGCUCAGCUUCAUUGCCAGUGCAAUGUCAAGGAGUCAAAGGUCAUCAUUCCUCCGCAACCAAUCACAAGAAGACCUUCAGAGGAAUGGGAAAAUAUCCAGUCUUCCAGCAACACAAGCUUUGCAGCGAGUAGAGGUGAGAAAGGAGUGUGUAUUCUGUUGACUCAACCCAAGAUUUUAUUCUGUGAUCUCAGAAUGCAGCCUGGAGAAACAAAAACAUUUAUUUACUCUGAGACGAUUCCGAGAGAUGCCCCUCCGUCUUACCGAGGUCAAGAUGUCAAGUAUUCUUAUAAAGUGACCAUUGGUGUUCAGAGGAUUGGUUCGCCUAUUAAACUUAUCAAAGUCCCAUUCAGACUUAUGGUGCUAUAUGGUCUCGAUGAAGCCACGAUAUUUGAAGGAGCAAACCAGACGGAUGCUGCAAACCCUUUCUUAGAAGGCGAUAGACCAAAGAAUACCCUCCUAGACCGAGCUGUUCAGAUUCUAACCACCAUCACUUCAAGAAAAAGCCCAAAUUCCUACAACAUUACCAACUCCCAAGGAGUAGUGGCCAAGUUCUGUCUCUUCAAACCUGCCUUCAAGCUAGGGGAGGAUAUCAUUGGAACCAUUGAUUUCUCAGAUGCAUCGGUGGCAUGUCUACAAUACUCUGUAGUUUUACAAUGUGAAGAGCAGAUAUCUGAGGAAUGUCGAAGACGCCAGCAGCAGGCGAGUACUGUAGCCUCUCACAGCAAGCACCAAGAGUUCUGUCUUCAUCUACGACACUCUCAUAUGGUUCUGCCCAUCCCAUUGCAUGUCACGCCAGCCUUCAUUACCGAUAUAGUGUGUCUUCGAUGGAGGUUACACUUUGAGUUCACCACGUCCAAGGAGCCGAUCCCGGAGCAUGGUAUACCGACAGAUCAAUCUGAGAGCGCUAUAUGGCAAGGUCCUGACAACGUCUGCGUUGACACCCUGGUCUGGAAUCUACCUAUCAAGAUCUUACCAAUCAACCCUCUCCAUGCUACUAGCUACUCAGCAUGGAAAGCUACUAAUCUCAUUUCUGUUUAAAACGGAUUUCUCAUUUACGGACGAUAUUAUUGCCAAUGAAACUGAGACAAGAGAGUUCACCACCUCCAAGGAGCCUAACGCCGAGCAUGGUAUACCAACGGAUCAAUCUGAGAGCGCUAUCUGGCAAGGUCCUGACAACAUCUGCGUUGACACCCUGGUCUGGAAUCUACCCAUCAAGAUCUUACCUAUUAACCCUCUCCAUGCUACUAGCUACUCAGCAUGGAAAGCUACUAAUCUCAUUUCUGUUUAAAACUGAUUUCUCAUUUACGGGUGGUAUUCUUACCGAUGGAUCAGAGACUAGAGCCCUCGGGACAGUUCAUGCUAACCGCUAUGCAGACAGAAGGUUUAGAUUGCUCAGUAUCAAUCACGAUACUUGAGGCAACUUCUUUCAUUGCUAAAGACUUGAUACAUGAACUUUCUGGUUUAUGAAAUCAUUGGAUUGAUCAAAAUCAAUGGAUUGAAAAGGGAAACAACAUGACUCGUCAAGAGGGAUCAACCACACUCAAAUUUCAUGAACUUUGCAAUUCUUUGUUUCACGAUUUUCCCCAUGAUAAGAAAUUUGUAACGUUAACAGUGACACAUUAUUGAACAAAUGUGAAGUCAUCAAUGUCUUGUUAUCUCACUCUUCUGCUGGCCAGAUGAUUUUAACUGUGAUUUCAUGAGGGAUUUACAAUAAUUUGAUAGAUGUACAAUGUAUUUCAAGUGAUGGCUCAGAAAUGAGUCAUAAAUAUGCAGGUACAUAUUUGAAUAUGCUAAGGAAUAAAAUAAUUCAUGAAAUUAUUUAUGAUAUGGAAGACAACUUGAAUGGUGUACAUGUACAAAUGUAGAUGUACAGUGUACACAAUUCAUUUUGAAAUAACUUUUCUUUGUGUUUGUAAAAAAACUUUGUGUAAGAUUGUGUUGAUAAUUGUUUAAAUGUUAACAGUAAAAAAAGGCUCCACAGACACAAGGGUCUAAAUUGUACUGGUAAACCUGUGUUUAAUAGAUGAUAUCCUAUAAGUUGUAUUUGCCCAAAUCGAAGCACUUUUUUAGACCUGUGUGCAGUCAUCAUGUGUUAUGUACCUCUUCUAAGACAUGUUUCUCCAAACUCAAACAUAUUUUUGUGGUCCCAAAAAAUUUGACACUGGCAAGGAUAUUUAUUAAGGAAAUAAAGAGAAAAGGGAUAUUUAUCAUUUGUUGAAUGUAAUAAUAAUAAUCUAUCUAGAAAUAAUCUAUUCCGAAGCGCAUUGUUUAUUAUUAUUAUUACCUCAGCUUUAGUUAAUAUAAUGAUGAACAGCUGAAUGUUUCAUAAAGCUGUUUACAAGUUAGGAAUUACUUUACGCACGACUGGGUCCCAUGACACAAAGGUUAGCGAUUAAUUGUAUGUUCGAUUUUCAUGAUUGAUUUUACAUUGUUGUCAAUGCAAUCAAUCCUAGUAAAAUGUUGUAUGAUCAUUGCCAAGCUUUGUGUUACAGGCCCCAGGUGACUUUUUGUUGAGGUAAAUGAUAUUCCUAAGUAGAAAGCACUGAAGAACAUUAUCUAUUCUAGUCAUGCAUAUUUUUACGAACAGCUUUAUGAAACAUUCGCUGGUUCAUUACGUCUGUAUCUCAUGCCUGGGAGUGUGUCAUAAAGCAUUUCCUACCAAUGGUUUCACUUUUAAAUUUGCUCUGAGCCAAUCAUAUGCAAGGAUUUCAGUAGCUUAUAACAAAUAGUCAGUGGCCACCGCACACUUUACGACUUAACUGGUCUGUGACUGAGUGAAGGGAAAUGUGACGUCACAGCUCUUGUCAGCUUGAGAAUCGCAGACCGGUCAGAGACAAACUGCAAGGAAAAUCGUAAGGAUUUGACAUGUUGAAUCCUUACAACUGGAUCGCAAGCUCAAUCCAACUUCCAGCCAAUCAGAUGCAGAGUCUCACUUAAAUACCGACACGUACAUGAUAUGCAACGCGCAUACGCAGUAGUAAGCAUCAUUUUCUCAGCUAUGGCAAAAAGCGCUUGCGUGAGUCGCUGAUAGCAGGGUUGUCGGAUUGCAAGGUGUCAAGGCUUGUGACUACCUCUUGGAAUUCAUCUCCCCUCACUCAGUCGCAUACCACUCGUAGGCCAGUCGGGUCGUAAGGUGUGCGUUGUCCUUUACUCUUUGAAAUGCCCCCUGAUGUAGAAGGAUAUGUACAAGUAACGAUAGUUCAUAGUGGAAAUCAUAAAGCUAUUCUUGCCAUUUAUUACCACUACUAUGUCAUUCUCUUUGUAUUCAGGUUUAUGUUACUUAUACAAUCUGACAGCAUGCAUGCCUUUGAUUUGUGAUUUAUUACUUUAGAGUUCUUUGACUCUAACCUUACAAAUCACUUGAAUAGAUAAUGCUUCUUGGGGGUGUGUCACAAAGAGUUAGUGUAUCUUAAAGUUACACUUAAAUGUCCGGUUGCGAGCAGAAUAAGAGGCAUCACCGCAUUGGUCCAAUUAUACUAAGAUGACGUGUGUUACUGUGUAUUAAUCAACAAGUUUGCUUGUUAUGUAAUCAUGUGCGCAUCAGCACUAAGCAUGACUUUAAGUCACACUUAAAUCUUUGUGAAACACCCCCCUGAACAUUUUCUCACAAUAUUAGUGCUCUGAAACACUGGCUUUAGCUUUCGUAAAUCCUCCAAAAUUUGUAUUCAAGAGAUGUGAUGUGGAGGAUAUGAAAUGAAAACGUGUUUUACAUAGGAUAAAUUUUGAGAUUCUUAAAAACUUUCUUCUGUUUGGAUGGCCGAUGAAAAUAUAUUAUCUGCAUGAUUUUUUAUUUUUAUUUAAAACAUUACAGAGGAUUACAGAAAUUACUGAGAGCCUUUCCUGGCAAUCUUAUUGUUGGUUUUUGGGUGGCUGAUCACAUAUAUAUAAUUAACUGGUGGGUGUUUCAUAAAGCUGUUUGUAAGUUAAGAGCGACUUUAAGAAUGACUGGUGAUCCUUUCUUACCCUCUAAAUAUUCACCAAUGAACAUUUAAUGUUCAAUACCAUUUACCACAAGAAAGGAUCACCAGUCGUUCUUAAAGUUGCUCUUAGCUUACGAUCAGCUUUAUGAAAUGGCCUCCUGGACGAUUUCAUACUAAGUUAUUAAUAUAUUUAAGCACAUUUUGUUUAUAUAUCUAGGGAUAUUAUUUGAAUUUAAUACAUCAACUAUGUAAAGCUCUUAUGAAAUGUUUUGUUUAGCCUGUGAUGGGUAAUGUAGGCUUACUCAGAUUAAAGGCAGAGCAAACUAA